AUGAAAGAUGAUCAGGGCCGUCCCUUCAUCGUGGUACGGGAUCAGCAAAAGAAGAAAAGACAGCAUGGAAAUGAGGCCGUGAGAUCUCACAUCGUCGCUGCAAGGACGGUCGCAAAUAUUGUCAAGACGUCACUUGGACCACGAGGCUUGGAUAAAAUUCUCAUCUCGCCUGAUGGAGAUAUUACGGUCACGAAUGAUGGAGCCACAAUACUGUCACAGAUGGAGAUAACGAACCAUGUUGCUAAGCUAUUAGUUGAGCUGUCAAAGUCGCAAGACGAUGAGAUAGGCGAUGGGACUACGGGUGUGGUAGUGCUGGCCGGUGCUUUGCUGGAACAGGCCGCAGAUUUAAUGGACAAGGGUAUACAUCCAAUACGGAUAGCUGAUGGAUAUGACCAAGCCUGUGAAGUAGCAGUGGCAGAAUUGGACCGAAUAAGUGACGAAGUCAAAUUUUCAAGAGACGACCCUUCAAAUCUUUUUGAAGUCGCUAAGACGAGCCUAGGGAGCAAAAUAGUAUCGAAAGCACACGACCAAUUUGCUCAGAUUGCCGUUGAUGCUGUCCUAUCAGUCGCUGACCUCACGAGGAAAGACGUCGACUUUGAGCUUAUCAAGGUCGAUAGUAAAGUCGGAGGCUCCCUCGAAGACACAUUCUUAGUUCAAGGUGUGGUGGUUGAUAAGGACUUCUCGCACCCGCAAAUGCCGGAUGAGGUACGAGAUGCAAAGCUUGCCAUUCUGACAUGCGCCUUCGAGCCCCCAAAGCCAAAAACAAAACACAAGCUUGAUAUCACUACAGUGGAAGAAUUCAAAAAGCUGCAAAACUACGAAAAGGAGAAAUUUACGGAAAUGAUCAAGCAGAUCAAAGAUACAGGGGCUAAUUUAGUUAUUUGUCAAUGGGGCUUUGACGACGAAGCCAACCAUCUAUUACUUCAAAACAAGCUUCCCGCAGUGAGAUGGGUAGGUGGGCCUGAGAUCGAGCUUAUCGCGAUCGCAACGAACGGUAGAAUAGUACCUAGAUUCGAAGAUCUGAAAGCUUCGAAAUUAGGAACGGCAGGUGUUGUGAGAGAGAUGACGUUCGGCACUACACGAGAGAAGAUGCUAAUCAUUGAGGAAUGCGCCAACACGCGAGCUGUGACUGUCUUCGUACGCGGCAGCAACAAGAUGAUUAUCGAUGAAGCAAAACGCUCCCUUCACGACGCUCUUUGCGUCGUGCGGAAUUUAAUUGCAUGUUCCCUGGCAGUCGAAAACGCUGCCGUCAAGUCGCCUGGCCUCGAGCAAUAUGCCAUGCGUUCGUUCGCUGAUGCGCUCGACGCAGUGCCCAUGGCGCUUGCAGAGAACUCAGGAUUAAGUCCGAUCGAGACAUUAGCGGAAGUCAAGAGCAAGCAGGUCAAAGAAGGCAAGUCAAGGUUAGGUGUGGACUGUAUGGGAACGGGGAGUAAUGACAUGCGAGAAAACUUUGUGAUCGAUCCAUUGAUUGGCAAGAGGCAGCAAUUGCUACUGGCGACCCAGCUUUGCCGGAUGGUACUAAAGAUAAACAAUGUGAUCAUUGCUGGCAGUGAUGAACAAGAGUUUUGA